AUGGUUGGAAAAUUAAAAGUUUUAUUGAUGAUUGUAAGUUUAUAUCUUACUAAGAUUAGUUGCGGUGGCGGAAUGACUCCAGAAGAAAGACAGUCUUAUAAGGCAGGUGUUUUUUUUAUAGAUGCAACUAGUGAUACACAUGCUAUACCUUCAAGUAAAUGUUUAUUUGUAGAUAGAGAAACUAAUGCUCAUUACGAAAUCUCGAUUACGAAGGUUAAUCUUGACAAUACACACCCUUCUACUUUUACUCCAACCGGGAAAGAAAAAGAAAGUUCUUUUAAAACCGAGACUGUAAACAAUUAA